GACGUCAGUCUCUAGGGGGCGGGAUCACAGCGUACAGUCCAGCGGCUAGCAUCAGGCUACCAAACAAAAGACGAGCCAACGCUAAUGAGGGGGAACAGCGUUAGCUGUAGUUUUAGAAUAAGCUUAUUUUGUAAGAAUUAGACGAUGAAAGAAUUCAACAAAACGUUAGCAAUGGCGCUUGCUGUUCAUAUAACCACCUAGGUUAACAUUAGCACCCAGUGAGCCGGGAGGCUAAAUUACCAACCAUGACAGGCUAGGUGACGUUAGCUUGUUAGCUUAUAUGAAACCAUUUAUCUCAAUAUCUUCACUUGUAACCAACUUAAAGUGUUCUAUUAAAUAUCUGUACGAAUACGAAGAUUCAACAAGGAUGACAGAAGAUGGCGUCUUGUUGAACGUCCCUGUCAUCCGACAGCUGUACCACUGGGACUGUGGCCUGGCCUGCUCCAAAAUGGUCUUGAAGUACCUGCACCCCAUCAGUGACCAAGACUUCCAGAGUGCCUGCUGGGAGUUGAAGCUGACUGAGAGCGUGUGGACCAUCGACUUGGCUUACCUCAUGUGUCAUCUCGGAAUCAGGCACCAGUUUUGUACUCAGACUCUUGGCGUGGACAAGGGCUUUAGAAACCAGUCCUUUUAUAAAAAGCAUUUUGAUACGGAAGAAGAUCGAGUGAAUGAGCUCUUCGUGAAUGCAGAGAGCAAGGGCGUGGUGGUUCGGAAAUGCUCGGUGACCAUCCAUGAGAUCACGGCCCAUAUAGAGCAGGGCCACGUGGCCAUCGUGCUGGUCAACGCCGUGGUCCUGACCUGUGAUCUCUGCUCGCUGCCCGUCAAGUACUGCUGCUUCCUCCCCGCUGGCCAGAAGUGUUUCUGCAGGAGGCCUGAGUACCAGGGCCACUUCGUGGUGGCCUGUGGCUUCAACAGCAGCACGGGCUGCAUCUUCUACAACAACCCUGCGUACGCCGACCGCGUGUGCUGCACCAGCAUCACCAACUUCGAGGAGGCUCGGCGCAGCUACGGGACAGAUGAGGACAUAUUGCUGGUCUUCAAAGACAGCUGACGGGGGUCUGAACCUUCGCCGACACCGUCGGCAUGUUCACCUCCACCCCAUGCUGUAGUGACAUCAUCGCGGCCGCAGGUCGGCGACCGACGCCAGGAUCGCCCCUGCUGAGCACUCAGGAGAGCGGGGACUCGUGGCGCUGAACGCUCAGAGAGGGAGGGCUCCCACCGCUGCAGGCUUCAGACCGGGUUUACCCGUUGCAUCAGAUGACCCAAGUUAUUUUUUAAGCGUCUUAAUGCGUUUCUUUAGAAGGUGUUGGAUGGUAGGGCUGAAGGUCAACUCAACCUUAGCUCAGCAGCCGCCUUGUAGAGGCAUAAGAGUGGGGAGCUUUUUUGAGGGGCUUCUAACACUCCUGUCCGGACGGCUCGAACGUGUCGUAGAACGGCGGUACCUGUCGUUCUAUCCGCAGGGAAUCUGUUAUUUUUUUGGGGGAGUCUCAGGUAAGUGUGCUUGAGGUGUUCUAUCUAGAGACAUAUGGACAUAGGAAGAGAGUCCCACUCUAUCCAAUGUACACCGACCUGGGGUCAGGGAAGGGGAGCUGGGGUCAGGGAGGCAGACUGGCCUGCUGCUGCGUUGGUCCUCUUCAGAGGUACUCUCUCCACUCUAGCCCAGAGGGCUGUCCCAGGACAGACACAAGGAAGGCUGUCCCAGGACAGACACAUUGGAGGGCUGUCUCCUGAUGGUACAUGGAGGUCUUCUAACACCAAGCCAAGUAAUGAAUCCUGUCAGUUCAGCUGCUCACAUGACCAGACCUUUUACCCCUUAUUACCCCUUAUCUUUUUAAUUUCAUAUCGUGGAUGAAAUGAUUGCACUAGACUUUCCAUAGAGACAUAAUUAUGUAUUUAAAUUAUAACUUUUAUGAAACCAUUUAUGGAUCGCUUUUCCAUGUGUACAGAGAAGUCUCCCAGCUGUUCAUUUGAAGUAUGGACAAACGGCACAUUUCAGCAGGAAUCUUUAUUGUAUGAUACAUUGAAUCACAUUCCCUGUGUGCUGUAACCAAUAAAGAAUUGAACACGUGCUAAUUUGA